GUCACGUAGUUAUUAUUCGGAGUUGAGAAUUUUGUGCGAAUUUAUCAAUCUCGUAGUGUAACGAGAAAGAUAUCCUGAGACUCUCUCGCGGUAAGACAUUGCGAGAAAAUACGCGGAGGUCUCAGGUUUUGUGGAUUUGAAGUUAAAGACUUAUCCGCGGGAGAAGUGUUUCGCGUACUCGAGUGGUAUAACGCUGUUGUAUGUAACCGUGGUAUUGGGAACUUUGAAAACUUUAUUUUAUUAAGGCACAGGCGUCUAUUUGGCGUCUGUGAAGGGCAGACAGAGUGUGUGACAGGUUAUGUCAACUGGAUUGGCAGGUGCUGUUUCAAAUCAGCGGAUGAAAGGACAAACCAACAAUCAAGUGAGCAAUGGUCCUAAAGAACACCAGCAGCAACCACAGACAGAACAUGCUGGCGGAGAAGAUACUGGAUUUGAUUCAUGGAGAGGAGGCAAUAAUACACACCACUCAAGCUAUCCGAUCGGUACUGGUGACCCGUAUAGUCCUUACUAUGCAGGUACUUCAUUCCCUUAUCAAACAUUCGGUGCUGGGGAUGGUACUUGGUCAAAUGGAACAGAUCCCGUUGCAUUUCUUUCUGGAUACGGAGGUCAAAUAGGUCACGAUGCGUAUGGCAUGGAUGGAAUGUUUUCUGCCAGCGCAGGAGGUGGUUUUAGUACGUUUGGUCAGCCUGCGUUUAAUUACUUUCAUGGAAAUGGUGAUUUUAGUGCUUGGGGCACUCCAAGGAAGACGCGCUAUGAAGAUUAUUAUCAGGCUCCGCGUGGAAAUGAAAAUUAUCCAACACCUAGUAACACCGAAAUUAAGACUAUCGAACAGAGUGUACAAGGCUUGUCUCUAGGAAGCGGGGAAGUCCCGCGACAAGAUCAACAAACAACAUCUAAUCAAUCUAUAAAACCAGAAGCAAAGGAACCUAGGAAAAUAACAUGGGCCAGCGUUGCGAGUCAACCAGCCAAACCAGUUCCUCCGCUUUCAUCUUCCCAAGGAAUGAAAAAGAAGGCUGGAAUGCCACCACCACCUAUUGUGCCAGGAAAGCAUAAUAUGGACAUUGGAACAUGGGGUGAAGGUAAAUCUUCUGCGCCACCUCCGACAGCACCGCCGCCGCCACAGGUGCAACCACCUGUUCCGCCACCUCCACCGUUGGUUCAAAGACAGAGACCUCCUCCUCCACCUCCAUGUUGGAAUAGACAGCCUACAACGCCUCCGUCGCCUCCACAGUCGCAAAUUCAUAUGCCUCCGCAACAGCAGCAUCAACACCAACAGCAGCAACACCAACACCAACACCAACACCAACAGCAGCAGCAUCAACUUCAGCAUCCCCAUCCCCAUCAACAUCAUAAUCCUCACCAGCAUCAACACCCGCAUCAGCAUCAACAUCCGCAUCAACAUCAGCAUCAACAUCCACAGCAGCAGCAGCAACAGCAGCAGCAGCAACAACAACACCAGCAGCAGCAGCAUCAUCAUCAGCAGCAGCAGCAGCAACAGCAGCAGUUACAACAGCAACAACAGAUUCCACAAACUCAAUCACAUCCUGUUUUGGACGAGCUGAAAGUGAAGAAUGAUUAUAAUCCUGUAGAAUUUGAUCAAACGGCUCCCGGGGCUAGGUUUUUUGUAAUCAAAUCUUAUUCCGAAGAUGACAUUCAUAGGUCCAUCAAGUAUGAAAUUUGGUGUAGUACCGAACAUGGUAACAAGCGAUUGGAUCAAGCAUAUAGAGAAGCUAGUCGUGAAGCAGCGCCGUUAUACUUGUUCUUUUCUGUGAAUGGAUCCGGCCACUUUUGUGGCAUGGCCCAAAUGGUGUCUUCUGUUGAUUAUCAAAGUAAUAGCUCCGUUUGGUCUCAAGAUAAAUGGAAAGGUCAAUUCCGUGUACGUUGGAUUUAUGUAAAGGAUGUUCCUAAUAUGCAACUUCGUCACAUUAAAUUAGAAAACAAUGAGAAUAAACCAGUAACUAAUUCAAGGGAUGCGCAAGAAGUCCCUCAUGCAAAAGGAGUAGCAGUAUUGCAGAUAUUGCAUACUUAUCGGCAUUCGACCAGUAUCUUUGAUGACUUUGGACAUUAUGAACGUAAGCAAGCAGAAGAAGAUCAGCGUAAAGCUCCGUUAAAUGUUAUACAACAUCAUCAUUCUUCCAAUCACAGAAAUAGAGGACACGCAGAUUUGCCGAGGGAACAUCAUCUUCAUCAACCGCAUUUGCAUCACCAACGCAAAGAUCGUGAUGGUGGUCGUAGCAAAGGCAGAGGAGGUUCACGGCAGUAGCGAUGGAUACAACAAAAAUGUAAUACUAUUCAUGAUAGUAAUCAUCGUAAAGAAAGCACGCUGCGACUAAUUAUCGUCUUACUACUUACCUUUGCUUUCUUGGAUACACAAAGGGCUUCUAAUUCCUGUGACAGAACUCUCAUCAUUGAGACUAUCUCCUUCUGUUAAAUAAUCAACUUGUAUGAUAAUUAGCGUCGCGUCGACAUCAUAAAUAUUAUCUACUCAUAACUACUAUGAAGAGGAACAUAAUUCAAUUUCACGGGAUUUUGAGUAAACUUGCUGACAGUUAAAGCAUAUAGUGUGGUGUUGCGUGCUAUUCGUCGAAAGGUGUUUCUUAAACGUACAAAUUAAAAAUGAAAGAAAAAAACGAGAUACGGAAGAAGAAAAACUGUAAUAUGUGGACUAACCCUUGUAAAAUGCUUAAACUUUUGUUGAUAAUGAAAAAAAUCUAUGCGAGAACAAUAUUCUAAGCAAGUGUCAUUUAAAUCAAUUACCAAUUUAAACUUUGAUGGACAUAUAACCUGGUGCCUGUGGCUGAAAGGACUCACCUUUCUUUGUUAAAAAGGUGCAAGGGCUUAUUACGACAUUUUAAGUUUAUUUGUAACAAUUAUGCUUGAUCAUUGGAUAA